UGUGUCGGCUUCGGGUCUACUGCCACCUUCCACUUGCGCGACCAUAUUAACCUCCGGACAUUCUCUAAUCUCUCUGGACCAUUGUUUUGACGAAUAUAUUGUAUGACUUGUCUCUUUGCAUUCAGCUUCUACCCGCGACAUGGCAGACGACACGCUAAUUGUACCAGUCACGGUACCCCAAGGAUCACUUCACUUCGCGACAGUCUCGUCGUUGGCGACUAUUCAAGAUGUUCAGGACUAUCUGACGAGUGACGAGAGCAUAACCUCUGAAAUUCUCGGAGAUCUGCAGCCCUAUGGCUGGGCGAUACAGAGGAUACGGAACGAGCAUAAUGGGCGGCAGUGGGAAGAGGAAGAGCUCGAAGCUUUGGGAAAUGGUAUUGUCUCACCUCAGAGCCUAGUCCCUCCGUUACUCAACACAUCACCUAUCACGAAUACGUCCCAGCGGGGCUUCUCCGCCUUCCCUCUGACUUCACACUUACAUGCUCCGUCGCUUCGUUUGAUCUCGCUACAUCCUUUCCUUGCAUUAACAUGUACGCUCCUUCGCAUCCCGGAAAUCCAUGACGGAUAUCGUUGGGAGACCUUUGUCUCCCGAAAUACUACAGUGCAGGCUGCUCUGGACACGGUCAUUCAAGAGCUCGGGCUCACGAAAUCUCUGCCGGUUCCAGGAGGCGGAAACUUAGAAUAUGUUCUUGAAGAAGUAUGGACUGACGAGGAAUCAGAAAAAUCCUAUCGUAUACCCACCGAUACGCCAGUUUCCCAAGUUAUCGAGACCCCAUACAAACCCGCACCUCCUACUUUCUCUGCUUCACGUCACCUUCGCAUUUGCGUUCCAGACGAGUGGUACCGCCGUUCGAGGACACGAUCCAACUCACAAGCAUCGUACGAGCCAUCCGAAGAUACUGUCAAGCGUCUUGCGGACUUAGAGGAAUCUGACGAGGAAGAGGAGGGCGAGGGGACCGCCAAGUUGAAGGGCUCCCUUAAAACCUCUGUUGCUGAGACGUCCGGAUCGCCAAAGUUCACCGCUCCUACGGACUGGCGCAAUUCCAUCGCACAGAACCGGCUUUCGAAUCUAUUCGACAGCUGGAUUCACUCAGGGAGCCCCACGAGCUCGAUAAUAGAGGCUCCGCCGGAGAAAAGGACCGUCAGUGAACCUAAGCUCAUCUCGCACAACACCGGCGACUCCACCGCAAAGCUUCCAGCGUCUGACACAAAUGGUGAGGGCAAAGGUGAUCCCAGUGCGCAGGAUUUCGAGGAGAUGCUUGACUCCAUCGGAUUAAAGGGUGACAAGAGGGAUGCAAUGUACAAGCUCCCUCCGCAGCAGAAACAGUACCUGUUUAAGCAGCAUAUGCAGUCUCGUGCUGCCAGCGUGUCGAAGGCGACAAGCGUGCAGCGUUCCGUUAACCAUGCUGCACAGUCGUCGACCUAUAGUCCUGCCAGUGGCAGCGACUUCCGCCUUGUCCCUCAGCUCACAGGCGACUCUGGUAUCAUGAGGCGAUUCUCGAUUCUUGGCUGGGGCUCAGCAGUAUCUCCUGGACACUCUCCACGAACCAGUGUGGAUAUCGAUUCCCCAAUGAAAGAGCCCCAAACGCCGGUGGCGAAAAUCGCAGACGCUACACCCGUACAACCGCAGAGCACUGGCGGCCUCUGGAGUAGCUGGUGGAGCUCCUCUGGUGGCGAGAAGGGGACAGUCACCGGCGACAAGAAAGACACGAAGACGCCAAGGUGGUAUGUUGACGGUAUCCGUUCUGGUAAACCUGCAGAUAUCAAGCUUGUCAAGCACUUGAUCUCGCUACGCGUGCAUCUGUCGACGGCCGACCUUGUCUGGAUCGAGGAGUUCGUCACGGAGUGUAGGGGCAUGGGUGCUCUUGGUGUUGCGAUGUCCGGUCUUGUUGCCAAGGGCGGGAAGCGCAAGAAGCUGCAGAACGUAGAAGAGAGUGUACUACUCGAAGUGAUCAAGUGUAUACGAGUAUUAUUGAAUACAGAUCCGGGAUUCAAGCACGGACUGGCGGACACCACUUUAAUAACUCAUCUCGCGUACUCACUUCACGGUUCUUCGCCUAAACUCAGGGCCCUCACUUCGGACGUUCUUGCCGCCAUCUGCUAUGUCUCUCCGACGGAGGGCCAUAAGGCUGUGCUCUCUGCGCUCUCAGACUACCGUGUAGAAUACGGAGAGAAGUUCCGCUUUGAAGAGCUUAUCGGGUCGCUACGCCCGCCAGAUCUGUCACUCGACGACGCUCAGUCUGUGGGUCAGGGUUACGGAAAUGACGAAGAAGGCGCUUGGGAGGCCCGUACCGCGUCCAUGGCGCUGGUUAACGCCAUCACGAAUUUCCCGGAUUCUUUGGAAGAGCGUAUCUUACUUCGGGAGGAGCUCACACGUCGAGGACUAAAUGAAGUUUUGGUGUCCCUUCGGUAUAUCAAACCGCCGGAGUUACUUCUAACGCAGUUAGAUAUCUACACCGAGGAAAAAUUCGAGGACGAGGAAGAUCUUCGCGAACGCAGCUUGGCAGAUCACCGUCGCACGGCAUCAGACUCUGAGGUUAUCGUGCAAGAGACAUUGAACAUAGCCCGUCAAUAUGACGAAGUCUAUCCGAUGAUUGUUUCAGCUUUCUCGCAGAUGCGUUCUAUCCUGGAAAAAGACUCCGACCCACAUUUGAAAGCGGAUUUGGUCUAUGUCGUAACCAAGUUUAUGGAGCAGGCGAGCUCAAUUGACGACUUCAACGAUGGCUGGCGUCGAUUUGUUAAGCAGUUUGCUGAAUCGGUUUGGCACAUCACCGGCCAGAACUUGAAAGCGAGCUUCGUCUCUGAGGAUAGCGAAGGUAUUCUGCGAGAAGAGUUGGAGGUGCUUCGUCGCAAAGUCAGUGAGCUCACGGAGGAGGCAAGCAUGUGCCACUUGUUAAUUUCUUCACUGUUAACUAACCUCAGCCAGUGUGAUCGUCUGCGCAACGAAACGACUCAACAAUCCGCCGAAUUGAACACGCUAAGAUCCUUGCCUCUCAACGUCCCGACGCCUACGGUGAAAGCGUCGAAUAAAGCUGGCGAGAAUUUUCACGGCUUAGUGCAGCGAUUGGUGCAGAAAGAGAAGCAGGUGAUCCAGCUGCAAGCUGAGCUGGACCGUUUCAAGGCACAGAAUCCUGUCGGGAACCGUGAUCAGGAAGAGAAGGCGAAACGGGAACGAGAUCGAGUGAAGUGGAAUAGCUUAAUGGAAGAGAUUUCGAAUUUGAAGACUCAGAACGGAGAACUUGAAUCUUCCCUUGGCUUGAAAGACAAGGAAAUUAGAUACCUCAAGCGUGCCCUGGAGUCCGUCUACUCGAGAUUCAAGUCACGAGCGGAAGUUCGAGGAGCAGAAGUCGAUGCACUAGCCAUGGCAAGUCGGGCCAAUGAGGAACUAGCCCAGAUGGAAGAGGAGAUUGUCACCUUGAAGCGUACCGUCGAGCAGCUGAAGGACGAACUGGCUACAAAGCCGAAGUUCCUGACUGAGCACGACUAUAAGCACCAAGUCCCUCCUCCGCCUCCACCGCCUACACGGCCAAACAGAACGGCAACUAUGCCCCCUCCGGUAAUCGAGGAUGUGUCCAGUGGUAUGAGAUCUCCGCCACCACCGCCUCCGCCUUCACCCCCUCCACCUCCUCCACGCAUACCCACUACACUGUCACCUUCAAUACCUCUCCCACCUCCCCCGCCGCCGCCACCGCCGCCGCCACCACCACCUCUUCCUGGGGUACCAGGAGUACCUUCACCUCCACCACCUCCACCACCUCCACCACCUCCACCACCUCCACUACCUCCACCACCUCCGCCACAGCUGCCUUUAUCGCCAUCAUCUGGCCCGUCGCCGCCGCCGCCGCCGCCCCCACCCCCGCCUCCAUUGAGUGUGUCCAGCCGGGCCCAGCCUCCUCCUCCACCUGGCAUGCCUGGCCCGCCACCUCCGCCACCGCCAUCUGGGAGAGCUCUGCUACCUCCGGGACGCAAUAAGUCUGGGAAGCGUUUGAAACCCUUCUUUUGGAACAAGCUGUCUAACCAAGUAUCAACUACUACGAUUUGGGAUGAGACUAGGCCUCAGAUCAUUGUGGAUCUGUCAGACUUGGAAGCUACUUUCUCCGUUGAGAACAUUACGCCAACCAGUUCUCAGAUCUCAGCGACGUCUUCAAAAAAGCAAGAUGUUACCACUUUGCUCGACAUUACACGCGCACAGAACGUCGCCAUCAUGUUAGCUAGGAUAAAGCUGGAUCUUCCAGCAAUCCGACAGGCGGUAUUGGAGAUCGACGACACCAAGCUCUCCACCGACGAAAUCAAAUCGCUCGGAAAACAGCUGCCCACGUCGGAAGAGACCACAAGAAUCAAGGAGUUCGGCGAUGUCAGCAAGCUCUCUAAGGCGGACCAGUUUUUCAGCCAGAUGAUGUCUAUUCCACGACUGUCACAGCGUCUGGAGUGUAUGCUGUAUCGCAGGAAGCUUGAGAUCGAGGUUGAGGAAAUCAGGCCUGAGCUCAACAUCGUUCGCAAUGCAUCAAGAGAGCUCCGAUUGUCUACUCGGUUCAAAACGAUCCUUCAGACUGUCCUUACCGUUGGUAACACUCUCAACGGCUCUACCUUCCGCGGAGGUGCACGAGGCUUUCAGCUCGACGCGUUGCUGAAGCUCAAGGAGACAAAGACGGCGAAGGGAUCGCAGGAGUGUCCGACUUUGUUGCACUACAUUGCCCGAGUCCUUUUACGGAGUGACCCUAACCUCGUCAUGUUCAUCGAGGAGAUGCCGCACGUUGAAGCUGCUGCGAGAGUAUCGGUCCAAACCAUCACGGCGUCGGUACAAGCUCUGGCCGUGGGCCUUGCGCAGUUGCAGCAGGAGGUCGCGGAACUUCAAAAGAUACGGCUGCCACCCCAAGAUCACUUCGUCAUCGUCAUGAAGCCCUUCGCGCAACAAGUGGGUGGAAGUGUUGAUGCUUUGGCAAAAAUGUCCGCCUCCCUAGAGGCUGAGUUGAAGUCCACGCUCACAUUCUUCGGCGAGAACCCGGAUUCUCCCGAGGCGCCCAAGCCGGAGGAUUUCUUCGGCCUGAUCCUGUCAUUCUCGUCCUCGUUGCAGAAAGCCGCGUUGGAGGUGCACGACACGGAAGUCCAGGUGCAGUCGCCCGAGGUUAAAGUGGAGGAGUCACCGAAGACGCCCACUCAGGAAUCGUUUUCACAGACCGUCAAGUUGGGCGACGCAAACGGUCAGACUGCCAAGCAGCCUCCAUCGUCUAUGGGCCGUGCAGCUGGCCUGUCGGUUGGUCGUGGUGACCUUGACCAAGCCAUCCGUAGCAUGCGCGACGGACGCCGUAGGGCUCGUCCACAACGUCCCGUUAGCAAGGUAUUUAUUGAUGGCGCUCGGGCAAGCAGGCUGCUCGAACCAUGAGUUUGAGCGAGAUGGACAUAUCACGUUCGUUGACUAUCUAUCGAAGUACACGUAUCUUGCACAUCCCUGUAUACCCUCUCUGACCUUAUGACCUUUCAUGACCAUAUAUCUAGCACAUCGAGUCCUGGUCCAAUGCAUCCGCUUGUUGUAUCACUGAGUGUCACUGCUGGUUCAGAGGCGAGACUUCGUCGCAGCGGGCAAUGCUUUCUAAGAAUAGCUCGAAGAAGCCCUCGACCUGCACGAGCAGAAAUUAAAUAUGUCCAAGAUGGACGAUACGGAGAGAGCAUACGUUCAAUGUUUCGGCCACGAUACAAUUCUUGCCGGUGCGGCCCCACGUGUCAUCGGCCUUCUGGUAGUCCCACAGGUCCACGACGGUCUCGCCGACGGUAUGUGCCCCGUUGAGUUCGACGUCGACGUGGUAGCGCUUGCAGCCGAAAAGUCCGGGAUAUGCGACGUAGGCGACGGUGAGGGCAUCGUGGAUGGGCGGGCCGUGCACGAAUCCGAAGACAGCCUUGUAUGCGUCUGCGAAGAAGCUGAGCAGGGUGGACAGCAUGCGUCUGAGCGCUGUCUUUGCGAAGGGCAGGGGCUGGGCACUGUCCUCAACGUUCGAGCCCGGGGAGAGCACUUCGCUCUGCCAUUUGCGGGUGACGAUGGCUGUAUGCGUGACGUUCAAUGGGAUCAUAGUCUUCUUGAUGGGGAUGUUUAGCACGAUUUGUGCUGCCUCGGCUGAGAGUUUGC